UUACUGCAGUUACGCUUUGGACUGUAGGUGGCAGGAGACAUUUUACUUUUAUUUUCCACUUUCUUUAUGGGAGAUGGAGGGGUCUGUGAUCUUAAAACUUUUUGUCUGGGCCUUCCUGCUGAAUGGCAUCUGUUCAGCAGGGAAUUCUGGGAAAGAGUUUGUUACAGUCAUGAUGCAGAAUUAUAUGUUGAACUAUGGCACACCACGAUUUGAGCUCUUGAUCACAACAUACUCAAGCUCUACUAAAGUUUCUGUCACUGUCAACAAGUCAACAUUUAAAAAGGAUUACAGUGUGUCUACUCCUCAAACAUUCUCAGUGGAACUACCAGCCACCGUGGAGCUCUCUGGCACUGCUAAACUAUGCAGUACAAUACUCAUCAAAGCUGACAAAGACAUAUCUGUUGUGUCCUUAAACUACAAAAAGCUUUCUGCAGACAUUAGUAUUAUAUACCCUGUUCAGAGCUGGGGUACAGAAUAUUAUGUGGUAACACCACUAAAGGGGCCAUCUGACAGUUUCAAGGAAAUCGCCAUUAUAAACUCUAAUUUUCAAGAAAACUCUGUUGAAGUUUACCUCACUGCUCCUGUAAACAUGCAAGAUAAAAUCUAUCCUGCUGGUUCCCGUCUCAUCAUUUCUUUAGAUGCAUUGGAAGUUCUCCAGCUUCAGAGUGAUUCUGACUUGACAGGUACUAGAGUUGUGUCUAAGAAACCUGUUGGUGUGAUGUCUGGUCACACCUGCACCUGGUAUUACAGCAAAUGCAAUCAUGCAUAUGAGCAGCUCUGUCCUGUAACUAGCUGGGGUAAGUCAUUCAUUGUGCCCAAAGUGCCUUUUCAGUCUACUUCAAACCUGGUGUACAUCAUUGCUUAUCAGAAGCUGCGUGUUCAAAUACAAAGUUUGUCUAAAUCUGACAGUAAAGACCUUAAUAGUGGAGAUGUGUAUCAGAUUCUUGCUCCAGAUGCUCUUUAUAUCACAUCAAAUGGUCCUAUUCAAGUCAUGUUUUAUUGCACCGGUGGAAGAGUAGGUUUUCAGUCGUACGAUCCUUUCUUAAUGAACAUCCCAGCCAUUGAUGACUACUGCACCAAGUACACCAUCAAUGGGCAGAAUGAGUUCAACAACUAUGCUGUUAUUGUAGCAAAGACGUCUGCUACAUCAACACUUACUUUUAACCAAAAGGCACAAAGCACAAUUACAUGGACACAAGUUCCUGGGUCAGAUUACUCUUAUGGUGCCAUUUCAUAUGGGACUGGAAGUAGUUCUAACAGCAUGGAAAACCCCAAGUCUGCCUUUGGACUGUUCAGUGUUGGAUAUCUGGAUAUGAAUGGAUAUGGUGCACCAGCAGUCUGUGCAAGUGAAGGUGUGCCUGUUGACCCUUGCAAAGAUGUGCAGUGCCGUAAGAAAGAAAAGUGCCAGGUUAUUGGAGGUGAAGCGGUUUGCAUUCCAGAUUCUGAAGUUACUUGCUGGGCUUGGGGUGAUCCCCAUUAUAAGACCUUUGAUGGGCAAACUUAUGACUUCCAGGGUACCUGUACUUACACCAUUGCUAAAACUUGUGGAAAUGACUCAUCCCUUCCUUCCUUUAACAUUGAGGCUAAGAAUGAAAACCGUGGCAACACACGGGUUUCAUUUGUAAGCAUUGUGAAUGUCCAGAUUUAUGGCUUCAACAUUACUGCCGUGAAAGCUGAGUAUGGUAAAGUCAGGAUAAACAACAACCUGGAGCGUCUUCCCAUCACUCUUCAGGAUGGAAAGAUAAAAGUAUACCAGAGUGGACUUUCAGUGAUAAUAGAAGGCUACAACAAACUGAAAGUGUCGUAUGAUUGGAACUACUAUUUGUUAAUAACACUUCCAAGCAGCUACUAUGAGAAUGUAUGUGGAAUGUGCGGUAAUUACAAUGGAAAUUCCAAAGAUGACUUCAUGACUCAGUCAAUGACAUUGGCUACUAAUGCCAUAGAUUUUGGAAAGAGCUGGAAAGUAAAUGACGGAGACAGGUUCUGCUGGGACAACUGCAAUGGUGAAUGUAAAACAUGUGAUGCAAAUCUCAUUCAGAAAUACAAAUCAGAUCAGUACUGUGGUUUGUUAUCAAACAAAGUAACUGGACCAUUCCGAAACUGCCAUGCCGUAAUUGAUCCACAGAUUUACCUUGACAAUUGUGUAUAUGACGUGUGCAUGCACGAUGGAUACAAAGUUAUCUUGUGUCAGGCGUUGAAGACAUAUGCUGAUGCAUGCCAGGCUAAUGGAGUAACUCUGUAUGAAUGGAGAAACACUGCUGGUUGUCCACUGAGUUGUCCAGCAAACAGCAAGUAUAAUUUGUGUGGAACAUCCUGUCCACCAACUUGUGAUGAUGACACGGCUCCUUCCAAAUGUAAUACACCAUGUGUUGAAACAUGCCAGUGCAAUGAUGGUUUUGUUCUCAUUGAUGGAAAAUGCAUGCCAAAGAGCAACUGUGGAUGCACCUACAGAGGGCGACCCUAUGCCCCUGGUGAAAAGUUCUGGGGAGAUGACAACUGCAAGCAGAGCUGUGUUUGCAAUCCACUUACAAGAACUGUUGAAUGCAAAGCUACAAACUGUAAAUCAACUGAAACUUGUAGUGUGGUUGAUGGAAUACGAGACUGUUAUCCUAUGACCUAUGGUACAUGCUCCGCUUCGGGAGAUCCACAUUAUGUAACAUUUGAUGGAGUAAAAUAUGACUUCCAAGGCACAUGUGUUUACCAGUUUGUUAGCUUAUGUGUUAAAGAUGACAGUCUUGUCAACUUCACUGUUAAUGUCCAAAACAAUUACAGAGGCUCUAAAGUCGUCUCAUAUACUAAGUUGGUACAAACCCAAAUCUAUGGCAUUGAUAUUGUAAUGAGCACUGACAAUCCCGACAAGAUUGUGGUAAAUGAUAUCCUCACUAACCUACCAUAUAGCCUAGAGAGCAAUAACCUGAAAGUUUACAAGAGUGGGUAUGAUGCAAUUCUUCAGACUGGAUCAGGUAUCAGAGUUACCUUUAACUGGCAAAGCCGUGUAUCGGUUACUAUACCUAGCACAUAUUCAGGUGCUGUCUGUGGUCUGUGUGGAAACUUCAACAAAAACACCAAAGAUGAUCUAACAAUGAAGAAUGGGAAGCUUGCAGCCAAUGCAGGCGAGUUUGGGCAAAGCUGGAAAACUGAUGAAAUCCCUGGAUGCUCUCAUGGAUGCAAAGGCAAUUGUCCAGACUGUGCAAUAAAUGAGAAGAAACAAUAUGAAAAAGACAGCAGCUGUGGUCUUAUUUUGAAAAAGGAUGGCCCAUUUAGGGAGUGCCAUAGUAAAAUUGAUCCAAAUGGAUAUUUUCAGGAUUGUCUUUAUGAUGUAUGCCUAUACAAGGGCCGAGAGAGCAUUUUGUGCCAGGCAAUCACUGCAUACGUUGCUGCUUGUCAAGACGCAGGUGUCAAAAUUUACCCAUGGAGAAGUGACACUUUCUGUAAUCCUAGCUGUGGAAAGAAUAGUCAUUAUGAAGUAUGUUCCAGUGGGUGUCCUACAACAUGUAGUAGCCUUGUUCAAACAACAACAUGCAACACACCAUGUAAAGAAGGUUGCCAGUGUAAUGAUGGCUUCAUUGUUAGUGGAGAUACCUGUGUUCCAAUAUCAGAAUGUGGAUGCCAAUAUAAUGGAAAAUACUACAAAAGUGGAGAAACCUUUUACCCCAACAAUCUCUGCCAAGAAGUGUGCAAAUGUAAUUCUAAUGCUCAGGUGGAGUGCUCAAAAUUCUCCUGCUCUGCUAAUGAGGAAUGCAAAGUGGUGGAUGGUGUACAGAAGUGCCAGCCCAUUGGUAGCGGGACCUGCUCUGCAUCCGGUGAUCCUCAUUACAUUUCAUUUGAUGGCCACACUUUUGACUUCCAAGGCACAUGCAGAUACAUCUUGGCCAAAAGUUCCAGUGAUGACAAGAAUCUGGUGGCAUUUUCUGUUGAAGUGGAAAAUGAAAGCUGGGGCAAUGGCAAAGUAGCAGUUACUAAAAUGCUUUCUUUGAAAGUAUAUGGCCAGACAUUUACCUUACUUCAGAAGAGGCAUGGCCAGAUAAAGGUUAAUGAUAUCAGUUAUAACCUUCCCCUGAAUUUUAAUAACACCCUAGUGAUUGCCCAGCAGCAUGGUAACCACAUAAUGAUAAAGGCAGACUUUGGUCUUAAAAUGUCCUAUGACUUGGUGUACUAUGCAACAGUAACCAUUCCAGGAAACUAUAAGAAUAAAAUAUCUGGUCUUUGUGGCAAUUAUAAUGGUGACAAGAAGGAUGACUUCAUGCUGCCCAAUAGUAAGACCACCAAAGAUGUUGUAGAAUUUGGUGCUUCCUGGAAAGUCAAUGUUCCUGGAGCAAAGUGUGAUGAUGGCUGCAGUGGAAACAACUGUCCUACCUGUGAUGCAACUAAGACAGCAAUAUUCCAAAAGGAAAACUACUGUGGAAUUUUAACAGCUCCAGAGGGUCCUUUGAGUGCCUGCUAUACUGCAGUUGAUCCACAGGUUUACUUCAACAAUUGUGUGUAUGAUCUCUGCGCAAGUAAUGGGGACACAAAAGUGUUAUGCAACAGUAUCCAGUCCUAUGUGGCUGCAUGCCAGGAGGCCAAGAUCACUAUUAAAGAAUGGAGAACAGACAGCUUCUGCCCAUUAUCUUGUAUGGCAAACAGCCAUUACAAACUUUGUGCAGACAUCUGCUCAAGUGCCUGUGCUGGCAUAACUGAUCCUUUAAAAUGUCCAACGCACUGUGUGGAAGGUUGUGAGUGUGAUGAUGGAUACUUCUUUGAUGGUCAGGAAUGUAUUACUAUCGACAACUGUGGAUGCUAUGAAAAUGGACGUUAUUACAAGAAUAAUGAAGUUGUUCUAUCAGCAAACUGCAAGGAAAAAUGUUUCUGCAGCCCAGCUGGUGGCCUUAUGUGUGAGCCAACUGAUUGCCAGAUUGAUGAGAAAUGUGACAUUGUGGAUGGAACUGUCAUGUGUCGCAGCAAGGAUCCAUGUAAAAAAUUCAAUUGCAGAGAAAAAGAAAAAUGUAAGCUGAUUAAUGAUCUACCAGUGUGUGUCCCAGAUUUUACUGUUUCAUGCUGGGCCUGGGGUGAUCCCCACUAUCACACAUUUGACGGCUACAAUUAUGACUUUCAAGGCACUUGCACCUACACCAUUGCAAAAACCUGCGGCAAUGAUACCACUCUGCCUCCUUUUGAAAUUGUUGAAAAAAAUGACAACAGAGGAAAUACCGCUGUAUCUUAUGUACGACUGGUUAACAUUUAUGCCUAUGGACACAAGAUAACCAUUGUAAAACUGGAGAUCGGAAAAGUUCGGGUGAAUGACGUAAUCACUAACUUGCCAGUAACUUUAGAAGAUGGUAAGCUACGUCUUACACAGAGUGGAGGAAAUGCUGUCUUGGAAACAGAAUUUGGUCUAAGAGUAACAUAUGACUGGAACUGGUACCUCUAUAUCACUAUUCCCAGCAGCUACUAUAAGAGUGUGUGUGGCCUUUGUGGCAACUUUAAUGGAAAUCUGAAUGACGAAAGAAUGACAUCUGAUGGUACAUUAGCACCAACAGUAAUUGACUGGGCAAAGAGCUGGAAAGUGAAGGACAGAGAUAAGUUCUGUUUUGAUGUUUGCCAAGGUGUCUGUCCUACUUGUGAUGAUGCUAAGAGAGCACUUUAUGAAAGUGAAACCUACUGUGGUUUACUGACCAAGAAGAUUGAUGGUGCUUUCAAAGAAUGCCAUGCCAAAGUGAACCCUGAUGACUUCUUUGAUAACUGUGUCUAUGAUGUUUGCUUAAAUAAUGGAGCUAAGCAGCUUCUGUGCCAAGCAUUGAACUCCUAUGCAACAACUUGCAGAAAGAAUGGAGUCAUUAUAUAUGACUGGAGAAAGCAAGCUGGAUGCCCAAUGGACUGUGGUCCAAAUAGUCACUAUGAAGCAUGUGGAAAUGCUUGCCCUGCUUCCUGUUCAGACCGCAAAGCUCCAUCAACUUGCACUGAUCCCUGUGUAGAAACAUGUACAUGUGACUCAGGAUAUGUUCUCAGUGCUGGAAAAUGUGUAGCAACUGAGAGCUGUGGCUGCACAUACCAAGGUCGGUAUUACAACCCAAAUGAAGAAUUCUGGCAAGAUGACAACUGUCGUAUACGCUGUCGCUGUGACCCCAAACUUGGAAUGGUGGUGUGUGUUGACAAUGAAUGCAAAUCAAAUGAAAAAUGUGAUAUAGUCAAUGGGGUGCAGAAUUGCUACCCGAUAAGUUAUUCCACAUGUUCUGCUUCUGGGGAUCCGCAUUAUAUCACAUUUGAUAAUCUCAGAUUUGACUUCCAGGGCACAUGUAUCUACCUUUUUAUUGGGGUGUCUUCAAAAGAUCCUACCCUUACUCCAUUUGAGGUCAAAGUCCAGAAUGACAAUCGUGGAAACAAAGUUGUAUCUUUCUCAAAGACAGUAUUUAUCAAUGUCUACAAUACAACGAUAACCAUCAGUAAGGAAUAUCCAUAUCAGAUUCUGGUUAAUGGAAUUCUCACAGCAUUACCCUACUAUGUAGAUACAAAUAAGGUAAGGGUUUACCGCAGUGGAGUAUUUGCAAUGGUUGAAACAGACUUUGGUCUCGCAGUUAAAUUUGACUGCAACAGUGCUCUAUCUGCAACAUUGCCAAGUACUUAUGCAAGGUCAGUGAAAGGUCUCUGUGGUAACUACAAUCAAAAUUCAAAAGAUGACUUCACAAUGCCAGAUGGAGUCCUAGCAACCACUGCAGUGAAAUUUGGAGACAGCUGGAAGGUCGGCAAUGUCCCAGGAUGUGCACCUGAAUGCACUGGGACAUGUCCAGUGUGCAAUGAGGCACAGAAGCAAAAAUACAGAACUGACAAAUUCUGUGGAAUCAUCAUAAGUAAAACUGGACCUUUCCGUGACUGCCUAGCUGUUGUUGAUCCAACACCAUACUUUGAGAACUGUGUGUAUGACGCUUGUCAGUACAAUGGACAUCCAUCAUCAUACUGUGAUGCAAUCACAACUUAUGUGGCUGCAUGCCAAACAGCAGGUCUCCCUGUCUAUCAGUGGAGAACAGAUUCAUUUUGCAGGUACAACUGUCCUAGGAACAGCCAUUAUGAGCUUUGUGGUCCUGGCUGUCCAGCCACAUGCAGUGGUCUGUCGGCCCCAGAAGGUUGCCUUGCUUCCUGUAGGGAGGGAUGCCAAUGUGACAAUGGCUAUAUUCUCAGUGGAGACAAGUGUGCUCCGAUAGCAAGCUGUGGCUGCACAUAUAAUGGUCAAUAUUACCAGAAGGGGGCAGAGUUUUAUCCAAAUGGCCUAUGCAAAGAAAAAUGUACCUGCAGCAAGGAUGGUGUUGUUACCUGCAAGAAGUCUGCUUGUGGAGCCAAUGAGGAAUGCAGAGUGGUGAAUGGUGUUCAGGGAUGCUAUCCAAUUGGAUAUGGAAAAUGUGUUGCAUCAGGAGAUCCACACUACAUCUCAUUUGAUGGCCUUACGUUUGACUUCCAAGGCACCUGCACAUACAUCUUGGCCAAGUAUACUGGUUCUGACAAAACUCUAACACCAUUUGCUGUUCUAGUGGAGAAUGAAAGUUAUGGCAGUGGCAAUGUUGCAGUCACAAGAAUGGUUGUUUUAGAUCUUUUAGGAAAAAAAGUUACUAUGACACAAGGAAUGAAAUGGAAAGUGAAGGUCAAUGAAGAAAUGUUUAACCUUCCAGUUUCCUUGGCUGAUGGAAAUCUCUGGGUAAACCAAGAAGGAAACAACAUAGUAGCACAAACCAGAUUUGGGCUACAAGUCCUUUAUGAUUCAGUUUACUAUGUGUCUGUUACAGUCCCAAGUAAUUACAAAAAGCAAAUGGGUGGCCUUUGUGGCAACUUUAAUGAUGACCGCACAGAUGAUUUUAUCUUACCUGAUGGAAAUAAGACAAAAGACGUUAACACUUUUGGGGGAUCAUGGAAAGUGAAGAUACGAGGAGCAAAAUGCAAUGAUGGUUGUACAAACAACUGUCCCAGCUGUGACCAGACUAAAACAGCACUGUACAGCAAGGAAAACAAAUGUGGAAUAAUAUCAUCAACAAAAGGGCCGUUCAGCUCUUGUCUGUUAGUGGUCGAUCCAACGAUCUACUUGAACAAUUGUAUUUAUGAUCUCUGUGCUGCAGAUGGGAAGCAAGAUACUCUCUGCAAGAGCCUGCAGGCAUAUGCUGCUGCUUGUCAAUCUGCGGGUGUUGUGCUCAAAGACUGGAGGACCACUUCAGGCUGUCCAUUAACCUGCCCAGCUAAUAGCCAUUAUGAACUCUGUACAAGGACAUGUGACCAGUCAUGUGCUGGUAUUACUGAUAGUUUGGGCUGCACAGACAACUGUUUUGAAGGAUGUGAGUGUAACGCAGGAUUUGUUUCUCGUGGAGAAGAAUGUGUAUCUAUGGAUAACUGUGGAUGCUUUUAUGAAGGACGAUAUUACAAGCCUGAUGAAACCGUUGUUUAUCCUGAUUGCUCACAAUCUUGUACCUGUUAUGCCACUGGUGGUGUUAUUUGUAAAGAUACAUCCUGCACAGAAGAUCAGUUCUGCCUGGUAAAAAAUGGUGUACGUGGGUGCUUCCAAAAAGAUGGAACUUGUUCUCUUAAGAAAGGCGGACAACUACUUUCCUUUGAUGAAAUGUCAGGAAAACUAUCUUCGAAUGGAGUGUAUGAAAUUGCUUCAAUUUGUGACGAUGACUCACCUAUUUGGUUUAGAGUCGUUGCUGACAUCCAGCCUUGCAACAAGGAGAAGGUCCUCUUAGCAACAACAGUCUUUGUCUUCUUUGAUGAUGUCUUCAUUGCAAUGAACAGAGAUAAACAGAUCUGGGUAAAUGGGCGUCCUGUGCAGAUUCCAGCAAAGGCUGGUAAAGACAUAUCACUGACAUCGUUAGAAAACAUGACUGUCAUAAAGUACUCUUCAAAUAUUAAAGUAUCCAUUAGCACAACAGGAGAAAUUAUAGUGGUUGUGGGAGAUGACUUUGCAAAUCGUUUGUGUGGUGCUUGUGGAAACUUCAAUGACGAUAAGUCUGAUGAUAUGAAACUGCCAGAUGGAAAGAUCACUGUUAGCAUUAACGACUUUCUGAAUGCAUGGAAAGCCAAGGACUUCUCAUACUGUGACAGUUGAAGAUAGUCAUGGGCCAAGCUGCAACACAGCGUAAUAAUCUGAGCCUUCUGUUUAUAGAAUCAGGGUAUCAUGGAAAUGCUUCUCAAAUUUUUUUUUUCUGUAAAUAAAUUUAGUAUUACACAGAUAAAAGAAUAUAUUAUAAUGUAAAACUACUGCCUAUAAAGUUUACACACUGGAAAAUAUGUAUAAUGCAUACACAAUCAGAAAAAACUGUAUAUUGUUUCAAAAAUAAAGAAAUAACUUUAAAACCCA